UUUCUCUGCUAACACAGAGUCUUCAGUAAAGUCCAUUAUGAAGUCCAUCCUAAUCUGCAUGGCACUUUUCGUGCCUUACGGCAUCACCAUCCCAGUAGCUCCUAAGAACACAACACCAGGGAUUGGAGACGUCAAGUUUCUAGAGGUUUAUCUUGACAAAUUCUUCCCAACAUAUCAUAAGAGUGCUCUGAGCCUGGAAGACAGAAUUAGAGAAAUGCAGAAAUUCUUCCAUUUGAACGUCACUGGGAAAAUGGAUGAAGAAACCAUGGCGACGGCAAAGAAGCCUCGCUGUGGAAUGCCAGAUACCCCCAGUUACCACAAAGCUGGCUAUGUAUCAAGGUGGAGGUCCAAUGUGCUGACAUACAGGAUCACUAACUACACCCCCGAUCUGCCUAGAGCCAAAGUGGAUGAAGUGAUAGCAAAGGCGUUCAAGGUGUGGAGCGAUGUGACCCCACUGAUGUUCAGAAGAACUCACAGGCGUGCAGAUAUUGAAAUUGGCUUUGCACGUGGGGCCCAUGGUGACUCUGGCCCUUUUGAUGGAAGAGGAGGAGUCUUGGCGCAUGCCUACUUUCCUGGACCGGGCAUUGGGGGCGAUGCUCACUUUGAUGACAGUGAAUACUGGUCGGAAGUCAACAGAGAGGUCAACCUUUUCCUUGUUGCUGCUCAUGAAUUUGGCCACUCCCUGGGACUGGAACAUUCAAAUGUCGCUGGAGCUCUGAUGUUCCCUACCUAUUCUUACCAGAAUCCAAAAACCUUCAAGCUCCCAUCUGAUGAUCGGCGAAGAAUUCAAAGAUUAUACGGCCAGAGGAAAUAGAACCCUUGAAGAAUUUCAUUUUGUGUUUCCACAGUGUCAACUCAUCGUAUUUUGUGCUGGUCACAAUUGUUUUAGAUGAGUGAAAAACUCUUUUUAAUAAUACAGCUAGCUGUUACGAAUUAUUUUUGAAAACUACCUUGGCUGUUUUCAGAAAGGUGUUACAAAUAUAUAAGAAAUCAAUAAAUUAAUUUGAGUUAUUUGCUUAUGUAAUAUUUGUUUGUUUGCUUAAAUCUUUUAUAUCCCACCCUUCACUAUUCCAGGGAGGUAA